AUGGGGGCUGUUGGAAAGGGCCUUCAGGCUCAGGAGACUCCUACUGCUGCGGUGCUGCGUGGGGGCCGAGCGGUGGAGAGCGGUGGAGAGAUGCCCAGUCCCGCAGGGGAACGAGGGGAAGAUGUGGAUGAGCAGGCGGUGAGGGAGAGGGGAGGAGCGUGUGAGGGACAGGUGCGGGCGCGGCUGAAGCAAGCCAUCAAGGAGCGACUGCUGCAAGCACGCCUGCUACCAACGCGCUUGUCACAGUCACACGAGCUGCAGGCAUGUCAGGCGAUGCACUCGCGUGGGAGAGGCGGGCAAACCUCAUGUUCGGCCGCCGGCAUUGCUCCAUGCUCGCCCCCCUCGCUCGUUCUUGAGAUGACUCAGCAUGCACCCGCUUCAUGCUCGCCUGCUGGCACUGCAGCAUGCUCACCCACAGCGUUGUCCAGCACUAGUGGUGCAGCAGCCGGGCCUGUGUGUGCGGCUGACUUGAACCUGCCGCCCGCUGACGUGGCAGAAGGCAUGGAAUGCGAGGCAGUGGUGAUGGACAACGAGGAUACGGAUCUUGCACUGGCUGCCAGGGAGAUUGAGUGCGAAGGUCGAGGGCUGCCUGAUCAGGUUGAGGGUCGAGGGCUGCCAGAUGGAUGCAUGGCCGAGGCUGAGAAUUCUUCCCAUAUUCCUCCGGAUCAGGGUCAUGCUGAACAGGGAGGCUGGUCUCUUGGUGGUCAUUUUUCCGGCAUGGCAUGCCAUGCUGGUCCAGAUGCCACUGGUGGUGCCCCUGGGAAUAUCCGAGCUGCGGUGUUUCUGUUCGCUUGCAACCUGGACGGUGAGAAGGAUUCUGGUGCAGAUAAGCUUAACGGUGGGGAUGGUCGGUUUGGGUGCUUGGACUUAAGCUUGCACCUAUAA